AUGAAUGUUAAGGAUGAUAAUGGAGUAGGAGUUAUUCACUUUGCUGCUGUAGAAGGAAAGUUAAAUGUUCUCAAGUACUUGAUUAAGGAAUUGGGACUUGAUGUCAAUAUGAAAGAUAGAAAAGGAUACACGGAGAUACUUACCAGACUACUUUCAAGAGGUGUUAAUGUAAAUACUUUAAGUGAAAAUGGCACACCCCUAGAUAUGGCCGCUAAUCACGACCAACUCGAGGCGUUGCAGAUUUUGUUGGAGCAAAAUGCAAAUCCUAAUUUGUCUUCUCGUCGUGCGUUUACAACACUGGCCGGAUCUAUUGUAUCUGGAUCUUUACGAUGCGUCGAGCCUUUACUUGAGUCUUCCAAAGGGCUAGUCAAUAUUUACCUUGUGUUUUUAAUGUCAGCAUUUGGAUCUGUUUUAUUAUUUUUGAUUCCUACUGCUGUGGUAGAAUUACUUCUUUUUAAUCACACUGGUGCUGACCCAGAUGGUGGAUCAUAUGGAGCGACACCUCUGGUAGUUGCGGCAACAAAUGGGCUUACACAAACUAUCAAACUUUUAAUUCAAGCUGGUGCUAAACCAGAUAUCACAAAUACUUAUGGACUCACAUCAUUAGAAAUUGCCACACUCAAUGGUUUUCAUAAUGUUGGUGAGAUUCUUUUCCCUGUUACUUCUCGUAUUCCGGAAUAUACCGACUGGAGCAUUGGUGGAGUAAUUGCACAUGUACAGUCUGAUCAAGCCAAGAAACAUAGGGAGCUGAAAGCCAAGGAAAAGUUUCACGAGGCAAAGUUAAGUGGCGCUGAUGCAUUUAAGAAACAGGACUAUUUUAACGCAAUGGUUUGCUACUCGCAGGCAAACGAAAUUGAUCCGCAUGACGCAAUUAUACUUUCUAACCGGAGUAUGUGCUGGGCCCGCAUGAAAGAAGGCACGGAGGCCUUAGAAGAUGCCAAUGCAUGCAUAUCACUAAGGCCAGAUUGGCCUAAGGCUUAUUAUAGGGCAGGUGUAGCGUACACUUUACUAAGAAGGUACAGUGAUGCACAAAAGGCCUUCCUCGACGGUUUGAAGUUGAGUCCUAAUAGUCAAGAGCUUAAAGAUGCAUUCAUGUUGAAUUCUACUACCCCGCUCUUAAAAAUUAUAAUUAUUUGA